AUGGUCGAGGCGGUAGUCAAUCCUCUCCCGGUUCUGCUGGGUUGGGAUAGCGCCAAAUCAUGCUUUCGCACCAGCGCCCAUGAAAGCGAUGUUGAGGCAAAUCGCCAAUCUUUUCCCUUUCUUUACGAUGACUUAGACCAGCCUGAAAUCCUCAAAACCUCCACGGAGGCUCUGCAGCGUAGUGCCAAAGUAGCUAUUCAGCAAUACUACCAGUUGGAGUACGAGGUUGACCCCCUCUCCUCGUUGAAGCUCUUGGGUCACUGGAAUGAACCUUGGUUUACGCCAGGGGUAAACUCCGCUUUUGUAGUCCUCGCAGCACACAGCCCUGAGCUUGUAGUUCGACUUCAUGUUCUGCUCAAAGAGCUUACGACUUUAAAGGACGUUGACGAGAACUUUCCAAAAUUCGAGAUGUAUAACUCAUACCCGAACGGGAAUCAAGCACUGGGCCUACUGCAGGGGCAGACGCUGCUCACUUAUCCCAACAGAGGGGUCUGGAACAAGGUGUUUGGGGCCUGGAGAAAUGGCACACUCUCUGAGCUACGCGAUAGGGUUGCAGCGUUUGAGUCGGCGCUUCAAUGGCCGCGAGAGAGCUGGACGGUGCUCCAAAGCUUGAUGGAAAGUCUCCAAAAAGAAGUUUCCCUUGGAGUCAUGGAGAAGCUGCGCGUGAGUGUCGAUGCGACAUUUGACUUCUUUGAUGGCAAUGUCCAGGAGUGCCGGAAUGUCAUUACGACCUUGGAAGAAGAGGAGCAAGCAAAACUCUCACUCGUACCCGAACCGGGAAUAUUCAAGACUCCUUCCAUGUCUUCGGCUAUUGAGGUCGUUUCGAUUGACAUGAACAAACUUCGGCCACGGACAGGACAGUCAAAAGGGCCCGGCCCAAAGAAGCUGCAAAAGAGACCCCCUCAGAUGAGAAGUGGAGGCAAAACUAUGGCAUCAAGGAAUCGAUCGAACCUGAAGGAGCCCAAGCUCUGGCGCACUCUCUGCCUUUCUCUCGUUACUUGGCUUGUGGUGGUGUCACUGCCAUUCACAGUGCUGUCAACAUUCCUAUGCGAGGCCCCAGACGGCGUUCCUAUGUACGACAGCAACUUCCACUCAACACUGAGCCAACAACUAUUAGGCUUCGGCGGGCUCUAUGCCAUUGUCAAGCCUCAGCUGAUGCAAUGGUUCUCUGCACUCGGUUGGUUUAAGAAAGAAGGAAAGAAGCCUCCCAAAGGGAUAGAGACGAAGUGGCCCAUUACUUUCAACUGCUUGGUUACCCUGGCCUUUGUCACUCUGUUGGCUAGCGCGCCUGUCUAUCCGUAUUAUCCUCAGUCCAGUAUUCCGCUUGGUGCUGUCGCGGCGAUCUGCGCCAAUCUUGCGACGUUGCUUAUCAUUGAAGACACUGGGAGCCAGAUUGUGGAGCAGGUAUACAAGAUUGAAGAGCAGUACGAUGAGAUCUCAGAACUGAACCAUGAGCUGCAGGAUCUGCGUGGAAGAGCUUGA